GGUCAGGUUGUCAUCUGCUAUUUAAGAGUUUGUCACCGGAAAUGUAUCAACAUCACUCUCUAUCGUCUUCGGUCGUCUUCCUUGCCUGCUAGUGCAACGCUAGUUCAUGUCGGGCUCUCCUCUAGGAACUGUCCCUUCUGCUCACAUAUUAGACCAAGAUGAUACGAAUUGUCUUCACUUUCCCCAGCUCACAGGCGGUGAAUGCAGUCCUGCCGAGGCCGAGGAUAAGACUCGUGACCAAGGGCAUGAUUGGGAACACGACCCAGUGAACCCUAGGAAUUGGCCUCCCGCAACAAAGUGGACAACCACUUCAGUCGUCUCGUUGUACGCGCUCGUCACGCCGUUAGCGAGUGCUAUCAUGGCACCCAGUUUGCCUGACUUGGCCAUAAAUUUUGGCAUAACCGAUCCGACGGUCUUAGCGUUGACUCUGAGUAUCUUCGUUCUGUCGAAUGCCAUUGGUCCUUUAUUUGCGGCACCCUUAUCGGAAGUGUACGGUCGUGUGUGGGUGCUCCACCUAGGAAACCUCUUCUUUCUCGCAUUCAAUCUCGGGUGCGCUUUGUCGCCCAACACUGUAUCUUUGAUCGUGUGCCGGUUUCUAUCUGGAUUGGCGGGGAGUGCACCUAUAGCAUGCGGCUCAGGUGUCAUCAGCGACCUCUUUUUGGAACAUGAGCGCGCCUCAGCUAUGGCACUAUACAGCAUCGGACCCAUGAUAGGCGAGUUUUACCCUUUCACACAAGGCCCCGCUAUCGGUCCCAUUAUGGGAGGUUUCAUCGCAGAGUCAGUUGGAGUACAUUAUGUUUUCUAUGUUAUCGUUGCAAUCUCUGGUGUUGCCGCAAUACUUGGCAUCCCUCUCAUGAGAGAAACCUAUGCACCACUUAUCAGGCUUCAUCUUGAUAAGACGGUGCUAGAUCCCGAAAGGGCGAUUGUAGGACAUCCUGCUCUCACCGCACACCGUAUGGACAAGUGGACUUACUUAUGGGUCAACCUCAAGCGACCGACCAUUUUGUUGACCCGGAGUUUUAUAUGCUUUAUCCUGAGCUUGUAUAUGGCAUUGAUGUACGGUAUCUACUUCUUAUUGUUUACUACUUUCCCCGACCUCUUUUCGAACGUGUACCACUUCAGCACUGGAAUCGGAGGUCUGACGUACAUUGGGGUUGGGUUUGGAUUCCUAGUUUCCACCAUGUUUGGCGCCAAAAUUUCCGACAAGAUAUACAUAUACCUUGCUGCAAGAAAUGGAGGGAAGGGUAAGCCAGAGAUGCGCGUGCCUGCUCUAAUAUUCGGCUCGUUGUUUGUCCCAAUUUACGCCUUUAUUCCUGCUCCCGGUCUGACAUGUGUUAGUUGGUAUGGCUGGUCUGCCCAAGCCAAAGCCCACUUCAUGAUGCCCAUCAUCGGUACCGCUAUCUUUGGAUUCGGAAUAAUGACGUGUUUCCUUCCCAUUCAAUUGUAUCUCGUGGAUACAUUUACCUAUGCUGCAAGCGCUACUGCAGCUGCUUCUACGUUCCGUUCAUUUUUCGGUUUCGCAUUCCCUUUGUUUGGACAACAAAUGUUUGCGACACUCGGUUAUGGUGGAGGCAAUUCCCUGCUUGCAGGUUUUGCCAUCAUCAUUGGUAUACCCUUCCCCGUGUGGAUAUAUUUCGCUGGCGAACGUAUCCGCGCGAAUAGUUCCUUGGCCCGUUGAUUUACCCCUUCCACCAACUUGAAGGCCCUUUCAUGAUUAUGAGAGUAUAAUAAUUUUAAACCCUUUCAGAAGCACUGGGUAACGUUCAUUGAAUCAUGGUAGUUAUUAACAGUAGUACCGUCCGACUCAUUGUUGGGCAAAAUCACCACAUCUAUGUCAUGCAGGAAUAGUGUAUUUUAUUUCCUACGCAGAGUUACCUAUCUAUACAGCGUC